UGUUAUUUGUGAGCUUUCUAGAAAUGUAUUUCUGGUUGGGUUACUUUAUGGCGCUGCCCGUGAAGCUUUAGUUUAACUUCUGUUUUUUUUUUCCUUCUAAUGGUGCGGAAAGAAUACAAACACGUAUUUUUCUCGGUUAGUUUUUGAGGUGUCGGUACUGAAACUCAAAACGAGCUACUUAAACUUUCUUUUGGGUGGUUAAAGUUAGUUAGCGAGUUAGUCAGCUAGCUAAUUAGCAUAAGAGGUGCCCUUUUUGAAUCAGAAGUUUUGCCAUUGAACAGCAUAAUGGCAGAUUCUCAUGGACACGACAGGACGGACGACAAUGAACUCAGAGGUGCAACAUGUGGUGAAGCCAAACUUCUCAUGUACUACUGAAUCAUGUCCUCAGACGUCAUCUCUCUACCUGAACUAAGAAUAGAGAGGAAUCCAGAUCAGAUGUCGUUGAUGAUCGGAUCAUGGAAGAAGGUGCUAUAGUGCUGAGAGGAUAUGUAAUAGAGCGGAUCAGUACAGAGGACCCGGAGAUGCAGGUGAGCACCAUGGACCUUGGUGGAACAGCUAACGAAGGAGAUGAUCCUCAUAUCAAAGAAGUCGUAGAGCAGCUUCUUAAGAUCGCUGAUGAGCUGAACCGCAACACAGAGCUUCAACACCUCAUCAACACUGUGCAGGCGAACUGUGCUCAGGAGGUGUUUAUGACUGUGGCCAAGAGCAUCUUUUCAGAUGGCAUUAACUGGGGUCGAGUAGUGGCUCUCUUUCAUCUGGCUUAUCGGCUUAUUUACAAGGCACUGACUCAAAACCACUUUGAAAUCAUCAAGAACAUCAUUAGCUGGGUAUUGCAGUUUAUCAGGGAACACAUUUCCGCCUGGAUCAGACAGCAAGGAGGAUGGGAGGGCGUUAUCCGCAGCGUGUCAAGAUGGCGCACCGUGUCAAUUAUCGCAGCAGUGGCGUUCAUAGCGGCUGCAGUUUACUGGAGAAGAACUCGCUGACGACCUCACUCUGAAAGCCCGAGAUCAUCAAAACAACCAGAUUCACUAAUUUGCACAUGUGGGAAAUUAUCAGAAGCAGUAACUUCUGAUUUUGUUUAACAAAUGCAUUGACCAAAUGAUCACGUUGAUUGGCACAUGUUAGAUCUAUUAGCAAACUACAAAACGGGGAGGAAUAUGGAAUAUUCAGUCGACAGUAGAACCCUUGAGAUUAUUCUCAAUGUUGUGUGUUUUGUACUGUAAUGCAACGACGCACAACUAUUUAUUAACAAAUACUGUAGUUUUUGUUUUUUGUGACCAUCCACUACAUCUUGUAGCAGUCUAUUUGUCCUCCACCUAAAUAUUAGCGUUUUUAAUAUGUGCCAAUAUCUUUCAGCCCUACCUCCAACCGGUGAAAUCUGACCGCAGUUUAUCAAAUGAUAUUUUUAAAUUUAUUUUUAUAGCGACUCGUAUACAAGUCAUGUUAAAAACAAAUCUUGGUGUCCGAUUUUUAAACUCUUUAGAGUAGAAUGUCUUGUUUCUAACUCUCGUACUGUCUAAUCAAGUCUACUUUUCAAGAAUGUAAUGUGUACUUUAUUACUAAACCAAGUAGCAGGUGGUGAAGGGAAAGGUCCUUUGCCAUCUCAGAGGUUUAGAGGCAAAAGUUCUGCUUGUGUGAUGCGGAUCAGAAAAGACCUGAAGCAAUAAAUUCAUCACUGCUUUUUGACUUGUUU